AUGGCUCAGCACUACCCCAUGGCCUUGGGCCUCAACAAGGGCCACAAGGUGACCAAGAAUGUGAGAAAGCUGAGGCAUAGCCGCCGCUGUGGGUGCUUCACCAAGUACAUCAAGUUUGUACAGGACAUGAUCCGAGAAGUGUGUGGCUCUGCCCUCUCUGUCCUUAGAGACCUUGCACUAUUCAAGGUCUCUAAGGACAAGAGGGCCCUGAAGUUGAUCAAGAAAAGGGUGGGGACACACAUCUGUGCCAAGAGGAAGAGAAAGGAGCUGAGCAAUGUCCUUGCAGCCAUGAAGAAGGCAGCAGCCGAGAAGGGCUGA